GGAGAUUUUUGCAGAUAUCUUUUUGAUUUGUGAAAAUGACCAGCCUAGCGGUAUGCCAGCCGCUGAUAAAUUAUUAUCUUGCUGCGGCCGGGCGCUUAUUUGCGGUGUUUGCGUUUGGCGGCUGGCGGGCGACUUUUAGUCGUUUUCGGUUAGCAGUUAGCGUCGGUGCGGUGCGGGCGGUUUUAUUUUUUUCGGCGUUUCGGCGUUUUUUUCUGUGUGGUUUGCGGCGGUCGGGUGAUUUUUUGCCGUUUGCGUUGGCUUUUCGGGCGUGCGUUUUACACGUUUUGCGGUGUUUACGUUUUGCGGCGGGCGGGCGUUUUGUGUUUUUUGCGGUGUUUGUCUUUGGCGGCGGGCGGGCGGGCGGGCGGGCGAUGCGGGCGGUUUUCUUCUUUUUUUUUGCGUCGUUUGCGGUGUUAAAUUUGUUUGCGGUUGGCGGGCGGUUUUAUUGUUUUGCGGCGUUUUUGCGUUUUUUAUUUGCGGUUUGCGGCGGGCGGGCGUUUGUUUAUUUUUUGCGACGUUUGCGUUGGCGUUUCGGGCGUGCGUUUUGCGCGUUUUGCGGUGUUUGCGUUUUCCGGCGGGCGGGCGUUUUUCACAAUUCAAAGUCCAAACCUUCGGGCCACAGCGCUCCUCGAAAAGCGCUGCCCUCGAGUAAUCGAAGUGUCUUCACUUGUUAUUUAUUACACUAUGGUAUGAGUAUGCAGGACGCACGUGAUUGUGCAAUGUGUGGAAUGUGGCCGGCUCCGGCGGGCAGUCUCUGCUCGGUGGGCGAUCGGCGGAAUUCUGAGACGCUUCUGGAGGACUGGAGCGUCGCCCCCUUCUCAGAGACAGCUCGACCCGCAGUCGAACGAUUUGAGGUGCCCAAUCACCAAAUCGGGAGUCACCUGCCCCGGUGGCCGCCCCUUCUCGAGGUUUCUCAGCCGCCCCCGCCGGGCGGGCGGCGCGCGCGCGGGCCCCUGUUGCACGAGGUGCUGACGUCACUGAGGCCGGGCCAUUCUGGGCGGGUGCUGCAGACGCGGCGGCCCGGCGGCGGCGCGGCCACUACCUAUUUAAAUCGACGCUGCUCGGGGCCAGGUCGAGUCGAGUCCAUACCGUCAGCGCGUCGGUAGUGUGUGAGCGAGAGAGCCGGCGAGCAGUCAGUCAGUCAGUUUCAGUCUCAGUCACAGUCACAAUCAGUCAGUCGUCAGUCAUGGCCCGCCAGGUGCCGAUCAAGAUGGGUGACCACAGCGUCAUCGACACCGAGUUCAGCAGCAUCCGCGAGCGCUUCGACGCCGAGAUGCGCAAGAUGGAGGACGAGAUGACCCGGUUCCGGUCGGAGCUGCUACACCGCGAGGAGCCCCGCAAGCACAGCAGCAUCACCUCGUCCAGUUUUCCAUCGUCAAUGAUCACUCAGCAGAACUCGUCGUACAGCACCACGACGACCUCGUCUCACCAGACGUCGGGCACCAACACCAACUCCAACACCAACAUGGACCUGGCGCGGUGCGCGCCGCCGCACAACUGGAUCGAGAGUCUCAACUCGCCGCUCGUCCAGGAGGAUGGAGACAAGAAGCACCUGAAGCUGCGUUUCGACGUCAGCCAGUACAAACCUGAGGAGAUCGUCGUAAAAACCGUCGAUAACAAACUCCUGGUGCACGCCAAGCACGAGGAGAAGUCGGACAGUCGCAGCGUCUACCGCGAGUACAACCGCGAGUUCCUGCUGCCGCAGGGCUCCAACCCGGAGAUGAUCAAGUCGUCGCUCUCCAAGGACGGCGUGCUGACGGUGGAGGCGCCGCUGCCGCCGGCGCUCGGCGGUACCAACCACAUCCCAAUCACCAACAAGUAGACACCCGCCGCCACUCCGCCGGGCGCCGCCGGGCCGGCAGCGCGGCCUUUUGUUCAGACUUGUGAUUCUCGCGCAGUUCGCAUGGCUUCGAGUCCCGAAGCAUCGUCUCGAGGAGGGCCAGGGAGGGCUCUCCAGGCUCCCUGACGGCCUUUAGAGCCGUGGAUGGGUCCUUCAAGGGAAUCCAUAGCCGCCGGGGAGUCUACCGGGCGCCUAGUCAGUCGGCGCCUUACGAUAACUGAGCUAACUCGGAUUCCCACUUUGGUAGCGGAGGGUCGAUUCCGCACCACGCAUAGAAGAGUGUGUAGAGGGACGGGCACUGACGGAUUCAGAACGGACAUCUCUGUCCAGAGUCGGCAAGAGACGUCCUCGAAUUUGGACAAAAUCGGUCGUUGCAUUGAGAGGCAGUUAUGGAUCAGCUAUUAACAUUUCAUCCGUAAUUGUACGAUAAAACAUACAUUUUGAUGUUUAACUAUUACUCUGCGCUGACCACUCCGAAUCCGUUGGUGUUGUUGCACAUUUGCGUUUCUGAGUUGUCAAAUUUUGUUUCCCGUACGUGCUACGAUGGUCAUGACAUGCGACUGUUGAAUAUAUUUAUUAAAUCACCGAA